AUGUCUGCUAUUUACAAAGUGCUCUCUGGGAGAUCUACCAAGGCUGAAACCGAAAAAAAAUCACACAUUAAUAGACAAAGAGUUUUAUUAAUCUCUUCAAGAGGUAUUACAUUUAGACAUCGUUAUUUAAUUAAUGAUUUAUAUUCAUUAUUACCACAUGCAAGAAAAGAACCAAAAUUAGAUGGUAAAAAACAAUUAUCACAAUUGAAUGAAAUUGCAGAAUUAUAUAAUUGUAAUAAUAUUUUAUAUUUUGAAGCAAGAAAACAUACAGAUUUAUAUCUUUGGUUAUCAAAACCUCCAAAUGGUCCAACUAUUAAAUUUUUAGUACAAAAUAUUCAUAAUACUGAAGAAUUAAAUUUCACUGGUAAUUGUUUAAAAGGUUCAAGACCAUUAUUAUCAUUUGAUAAAUCAUUUGAUGAAGGUGCUCAUUUCAAUUUGAUGAAGGAAAUAUUUAUUCAUACAUUUGGUGUUCCACCAGGUUCAAGAAAAAUUAAACCAUUUACAGAUCAUGUUAUGUCAUUUUCAAUAGUUGAUGGUAAAAUAUGGGUUAGAAAUUAUCAAAUAUUAGAAAAAUCAGAAGAUGAUAAAAAAAAUUCAGAUGAUGAUUCAGAUAUUUCAUUAGUUGAAAUUGGUCCAAGAUUUGUUCUUACACCAAUUUUAAUAUUAGAAGGUUCAUUUGGUGGUCCAAAGAUUUAUGAAAAUAAACAAUAUGUUAGUCCAAAUUUCGUUAGAGCUCAAUUGAAACAAAAACAAGCUGAAGAAGCAAGAGCAAGACAUGAUGCUGCUGAAACUUUGAAAUUAAAGAAAAGAGAUAAUGUAUUAGCUGCUGAUCCAUUAUCAAAUGAUUCAUUAUUUAAAUGA